AUGCAUCUCCACACAGACCUCGACGUCGACACCACCACCACCCCCAUCAACAUCACCACCGCCACUUCAGCAGCCAAAUCCACCACAACCACCACAACAACUCUCACCGAACUCACCUCCACAACCCCAUCCCCACCCCCCACAACCACCCUCUCUAGUGGUACGGCUAAACCCCUCUACUUCGCCUAUGGCUCCAACCUCUCCCCCACGCAAAUGGCCUCCCGCUGCACCGCCCUACCCUCUUCCUCCAUCCCGCUCGCCAUCGCCCGCCUUCCUAAAUGGCGCUGGCUGAUCCACGAGGGCGGCUACGCCAACGUCGUGCCCCCCGCCGAGAUGUGCGUCUCGAAGCAGCAAGCCGAGUGCAUCUCGACCGGCGAGGUGGGUGUUGCGGGCGGUGUCGAUGAAGAUGCCGUGUACGGUGUGUUGUAUGAUAUGGGAGAGGAGGAUGAGAGGAUCCUCGAUGGGUUUGAGGGCGUCGAUUACUCGGCUCCGGAUGCUGCCGAGGAAGGGACAGUGGAGGGCAUGGUGAGGGAGAAGGAGCAGGGUCAUGGGAGUUAUAACAAGUGGGUUGUCGAGGCCGAGGUAGUGAAGUGGAUGAAUGUUGAUGGGAAUGAGGCCAAGACGGUGCCCGUGUUGGUGUAUGUGGAUGAGGUGAGGGUGCGGAAUGGUCCGCCUAAGGCGGAGUAUGUUCCAAGGAUGAAUCGGGCGAUUCGCGAGUCGGUGGCCCUUGGGUUGCCCGCUAAGUGGGCAGAGGAGGUCAUGAGGCCGGCUAUUCCGUUGAACUAG